AAGGAGAGGGAAGGGAGAGAAAAUAAAGAGAGAGAAAGAGAGAGAGAGAAGGGGGGGAGGGGGCGAGGCGAACGAAAAACAAUUGACUUCUUUUCCUUGUAGAGGUAAAAAUAUAUACAGUGGAAAAGUACAAGAUGUUCCAGUAUUUAUAUUUUUAACUCUGCAAGUAGAGGGGGGGAGAGGGGGAUGGGAGGAUGAAAUGGAAGGAGUAGAGCGUGGAAUGGUGGAGGAGAGGGGGGAGGGAAUGCAACGGAGCUGAAGUAAAUGAAAAAUAAUUCACAAUUCUUUCCCUUUCAGUGGUGAAAUUAAAGAGACCAAGAAAACGAAAACAAGUAUCAAAGGUAUGUAAAGAUCAUUUCUACUUGAGAGAUAAAUUUUCCUAGAGGGUGAGUCAUUUCAGUUACAAUGAAUCAGGCUCAGUGGGAUCAUUUUGACAGCAAACCAUAAGAAAAUUUAGGGUUAGAAUUGGAUUUGUAUCAUUUCGCAGAUGAAACCAAGAACAGCAAGUUGGAGGAAGAGAGCAAUGAUGGGCAAGAGGUUAAAGCCGAGCUUACCGAGGACGUUAAAUCGUUUGUGGUUACUAAAGAAGAUGAGAAUGUAGAGGAAGACUUUUGGGAAGACAUCACCUCCCCUAAGAUUCAUGUAAAGGUAACAGCCAUUCAAGAAGCGAACAUCACAAGAAUAGAACUAAAGAAGUAAAUUAGGAAGCCUUUGAACAUGACCAGUGGCUGGACGUCACCUAAGGAGAAUCUUGGGCUGAUAUUGUCUCAAGGGAGAUUCCUCUGGAGGAUCGAUAUUAUUGUGUUUGAGAUGGCGAGAAAUCUCCAGUGGUCGGAUCAGGUCGAUGCAGAAUAUGAAAAGACACAGAUUCGACAAACUAGCGAACAAAUUCACUCUGUUGAGAAUCAUGUCGAGAAAGUUUCUCAAGAUACCGAAAUGAAAGAAAUGGAAACUGCAGAAGUCCAGGAGAGGUGUGAGGACAACAAAUUAGUUGCUAAGGAGAUAAAGGUGCUCCGCCUUACUUGGGAAGAGCUUCUCUUAGCAGAGAAACACAUGGAAUCGGUUUUCGUGGAAGGUUUGAGUUCAGAUCAUAUCAAAUCAACAAGACCAAGUUUGGCUCAAGAAGAUCCCGCAGGUAAGUGCGAUUCAACCAAGGGGAAGGGAAACUACUGCAUUAAUUAAUUUAGAUAGUAUGAAGCAAACAAAACAACGAGAAUCAUUCCAUACAGAAGGAUAUACAUUUCCUUCAUAGCAAUUACCACCAUUAUUGACGGUGGCGUAAAACAAAAAAUGCAAGAACCUCAGAGUUCGUAUGCUUUUUCAAGCUGCAGAUAAUUCGAGAUCAAAGACAGAUUCUCAGACAAAAAUAAGGCUCAAAGAAUUAUAAAAAUUACUUUCCACAGGGAGAGGUCCAAAGGAAAGAAGAAACGAUGAAAAGGAAAAAAGAAAGAAACAUUAAAAAGUGUGGCUGAAGAAGACCCUGCUAUUCUGGAUUACAGGGAAAUACCCAGUCAUGGGUAUGUGAAAGUUUCUUUGACUAUUAUCAUUAACCAUUAAACAAGGAAAAUGAAGAAGCCAACAUGCAAAGUGUAAAUGCAGAAGGAGUAGAAUUUGAAGUAAUUUUGGUGCCAGAACUUUCUGGAAAAAUACGUCCUAAAUACAGAGGUGUUGUUGAAGAUUUAGUGUUCUGAAUAAAAUAACAUUCUUACAAGAGGUGUUCUAGACAAUUUCUCGUUGGUUCAUAUUUGUGGUCAUCACAUGGGCCAAACAUAUCGAAAUAUACCCUUGAGGCCGUUUACGCCGUGAUUCCUUCCACAAACUGCAUGGCCAGUUUGGUUGAAUGACGCACUUUGCCUGGGUUAGUGGAAAAAAGGAAAACAUUUGUAUCGUGAUAAUUUUGGUUCAACCAGACUGAAGCACUUGUUGCUUUAAUGAAUGCGCAGUUUUUCUUCUAAUCGAGUCAAUCAGACUUAAAGACGCGCUGCAAUAACGUCUCAGAGAACAUAUUUUGUUGACUAUAGACAUUAAGACAACAGCCCUUUCUUCAAUGUUCCGUCACCUUUGUAGGCCCGAAGUCUUAUUUUUAAACCUAAAUGCAAGGAAUAGAAAACCAAGUCUCAGCCAAAAGUCAGUCCUUUCUGUUUCGCUCUUGGAUUCAUGUACGCAAGAAAAGUCGAUCAAACCUCUUUGAGCGCAGAGUGCAACACCUGAAGGAGAGUUUCCCGCCAGAGUGGUGGAAGGAAACAAAGAAAGUUAGUUGUGUCACUAACUUCUCUGGAGCGAAGGACACUGUGCUCAAGGCUGCCCAUCAACUCGACUGUGUAAGCGAUUUAUCUCCAACCAAGAUAAUAGGCUUACACGGUCGCCUCAACUUCCGUCGCCCCGAAGUAUGGUUCCGUCGCCCUCAUCUUGAAUUUUUAUCGCCGUCAACUUUUGAUCUAAAUUUGUAAAGGGUUUUAAGUGUAUUUUGACAGAGAUUCUAAAGGUUGGAGGUUCGACGGCUCAGGUAUCAAAAUACAACAAUUACGUGACUUAGAUUCUUCAGGACUAACGCAAUAAACAGCCAGGGAGACUCCUGCAUUUUUUAUUUUCAUUCAGAAUUAAAUAGCUAGCGGCUUAACAUAUAAUAAGUUAAUAACUACGAUUACAGUUUAAAAUUUCCAGUGCAAAGCAUGCAAACCGUUUCAAAUCUACCAAUCAGCGCUCGGCUUGGUUUUGAACCACGGUGGGCUGCCGCAAGAAGUUGCUGCUCUGAAUCGGCCUGCAUGCUUCGAAUUCCUUUGGUCGCUGAGUUUGGCACCGAUCAUAUUGAGAAAGCUGCUUUCAUGAUUUUUAUUCGUACAAAGAUGUUUCAAACCGGCGGCCCAUGAAGACGAAAAAAUUCCACAAAUUAGACGAUUAAUAUUUAAUUUAACUUUAUUGAGAUAUUCAGACCGAGACGUAAUUUAGAUAACAUAACCCUUAUAAAUUUUGUUCGUCUUAAGUCAACAAUUAUUAAACAAGAACACAUCGUGUGGUCUGCUUACGAUUUGAAAAAUUCUGUUCAAAAUAGUUUAUAUCACACAUAAAAUAAAUCAAAUAUGAAGUCUUUCAAUUUUUAACCCAGUAGAGUCUUUUCAUUUCGGGACUUUCCCAGACAUGUUGCUUGAGUUGGUUAUUUCUCGCGGAUUAUACAAGAAUUUUUCCAGGCGUGUUUACAGAGUUCCCAGGGAUAUUUCUUCUAUAGGCUUUCUACUCACCGUGUACAUAUUCUUUGUGAAAACUUGUUGACAACUUCCUCCGUCUCUGAAACGUAUUCAAGCGCAGGUUCAAGUGGUUUACAGUUCCUGUUACUGGCUUCCAUGAACAGUCCGCUAACGGUUUCGCUUUCCUCCACGCCUACUCGGCCAAUCUUUUUGAUCCAAUCCAUGUUCUCUGCGAACCAUAAAGCACUUUCCUUUGAGGCCCCUGCCAACCAUUGAAUAUGAUCCCUUAUCCAUUCCAUUCCGUUCCAAUUCAGCUCCGUCAACCUUUCAACAUUGUUACAGUACCAUUGAGUCAACCAUAAAUUCCCUUGAUACACAUAUUCAUCUUGCCACACAUCAUUGCAAAAGUACAUUCCGCCAAACCUUUCAGUCCUUUCUAAUUUUUGCCGAUCCAAUCCACCAAUCCGUUUCAAAUUUUACCAACUCAAUCAAACAAUCCUUUCCAAAUUUUACCAACCAAAUUCUUCAACCUUUCUAUUCUGUUCUAAAUCAUUUAGUGUUCUUAACCGUUGUUCCAACGCCGUAAGAACAGAUUUUCCAAGCUUCAACCAUUGUCGUCACCCGUAAAGCUUCUUCGGCUGUCCACAACCGCUGAACUUAUUACAUUUGCAGAUGCUGUUCUGAAAAUACUGACCAACCGUUUCGUACGUUCCAAGUUCCGACGACGGACCAGUCUUCGUUGAAAUCUAUGAAAGGUAGCUAUUGCCAUUCACUGGCUUGAAAGUAAGGAUUGCAUUCAUCACUGAGCCAGUCUUUCCGUAUUCUGAGAUGUCAGCUGUCUCCUUGCCCCAAAACUCCGUGAGACGCUCGGCCGAAACAGUCUUCGUCCCUAGUACCUCGGCGUAUCUCUGAGGAGUAGAAAAAAAAUCAACAUGAUAUCGAGGCCAGAUUUAAGGUAAUCCUUAAAUCUUAAUUUCCUCUGAAAUAAAUAUUUUUCAUAAUUCGGUGACACUAGCUGCUAAGACGAAAAGAGCUAGAUUCUAAAGUUGCAAUUUGGGACGACUAAAGUGACUGAAGCAUGGUGGCCAUGAUUGGUGCGUAUUUAUAAUAUAAAGCUAAUCUCUAUUGAUUUUUUUUUUAAUUAUUUGAAACAAGGGUGGUGGAUAUUUCACUUUCAGUGCUUGAAGUUCUGCCAUAUUAGUAGGUGAAAAGCUAUUUUCCUUAUGAUAAAAACCGAACAUAACUAAUUUGGUAGGUCACUGCAAAAUCAUCGAUAAUACGUACGAUUAUUAGUUAUCGUUCAGGCGAAUUACUUUUGGUUAGAAUGUCGCAUAAUUUUGAGAACUUCGACUUUCUACCUAAAAAUCGGCGUGUGAUGGUUAUUACCAUUCACGAAAUUACAGUGCACUGAUCAAUCGCAUGCGUGCUUCUCUUCUAGACAAAAUUCAACACUGUUUCUUGGGAGGAUAACCUUGCUGCCACGUGGCCAUGAGCUCUUGAGCAUCCAAUAAGAUCUCCUUCAUUUCUCCUUUAGAUAGAUACAAAUAGGUAGUUAGGCAGACAGAUAACAAUAGGAGAUGGAAAGAAAUGCAAAACUAUGACAUAAUUUGGAAUCAAAACAUACAAAUGAAACACAAACCUGUCAUUUUACUACAUGUGGAUAUCUGAAAUGCAUUACUGUCUGCAUCUUCUGUGAAGUCUGGAUAAUAAAAGAGAGUUUCAAGUUCAUGCUCUGUUCUAAACUGAACAGAAUAUGGUAUCCCUAGAUGUAUUAUGGGAAGCAACUGAAUGCACUCACUUGUGGCUCAUGCCACAUAAACCGUAAAUUUAUUUACGAUUUAAAAUUUUCCAAAUAAUUUGACUCAUAUAUUUUCUAUUGUUUCAAUUACCAGUGUCAUAAAUUAUGGAUAUAAGAAAAAAAAUCAAACUGGCUUAAAAAAAUUUAAUUUAAUCCAUAAGUAAAUUUACAACACAUGCAUCGACCCCAGCUGCGAAUCUAAGAUAAAAUCAUAGUGGCUGAUUUCCUGCAAGACAAGUGCUGAAAUUACUGUGCGGGCAUGAUUGUACGUCCCAUCACGCGUUGCGUCCUUCAACUCAAGUUGUGAAGUUGUUUUCCAGGCCCGUUUAACUCAGUUUUAACUGCCCUCAUUACAUGAUCUACUUAACCAGCACCAUCAUUGAAAAAUAUGUCAAAGUGACGAAGCCUUCUAUCAAGCGCUCUUAGACUCCACGCGUAAAGUGGAAAGUCACGAGUGAGGAAAUCUAACACCUCUCGUCUUUGUAAUCCUUGCCCGAUAUAUUUCAGCGAAGCCUCUUUAAGGCCGGCAUUAUUUUUCCACAAGGCUUCUCUGAAAUCUGACAUCGAAAUACUGAAAAACUCCUCUAAAAUCGCUCAAGACCAAAACAACUCCACAACUUGGGUAACUAGACACAACACAUGAUGGGACACACAAUCACGCCCGAACAGUGUCAUGGUGGUGGCAGCCCUCGGCCAUAGCGAUAUUCACUUUGACUUUUGUUUUGAUUUGAUGUUGAAUUUAUUUCAUUAUUUCGACGUGAAUGGCCCUUGGAUUUCAGUUUCAUUUUGAAAUGAUUUUUACUUUGAUAAUGCAAUUACUUUUGCUUUUAAAUUUGAUUUCUGUUCUUUUUACUUUCAAUCGUUCUUUUUCCUUUGUUUUGCAGUAACGUUCCAUUUUCCUUUCAGUUUUGAUUUAUUUUUUCUUUUAUUUUUUAUUCAAUCUGAAAAAAACUGUAAAAUUUUGGGUGACAGCCCUCGGCCACCAUAGUAUAACUGCAGUCUACAGUCUGCAUUUGGUACUGACCGGAUUGGUAUUACUGCUUUUGUCCGAGCGAGCCUCAAGGUCCCUCAAGUCCGGAGCGAAAUAUUAGAGCUCAAAAAAAAAAAAUUAAGUGAGACUAUCUCGGCCGGUAUGAUUGCUGUAUGGACUGUAUGUUGAAGAGCUCCCGAGAAAAAGCACAAUGAUAUAGCAAUGAUUACUUUGUACCAACUGAAGAGGAACUCAAAUGCGCGGCUUACCAAUAUGGCUGCCUCUGAUGCUCUUCCGCGUGGUCACACCAUGUGUUGAAAUGAACCCGCUACGGGUCCCCUAAGUGUGAACAUUUCGGCUUCUCGAUUCAAGUUGCAUCUUUAGAAGUUCGGAAAUGUGAGUUGAGGUUAUUAUUUUGCAUUAAACCAAAGAAACAUUUCAUUUCUUUCCACGUGAGUUUCUAAGCUUCAUCGAAAUUAAUUUUGACUUUCACUAAGCGGGGGAGGGGUAGAAUGCGCGACUACUUCCGUUCACGGUCCACAAUCCGACUUCCGUCUACGGAAUACGACUUCCGUCAGCAUCUGCUUCACCACAAUGCCUCAUUCACUAACCAGUCUCGCCCAGGAGUAAGUAGGUCAUCUCCGAGGUAACUCGUUUCAAAACGAGGGUCAUGAAUAUUUGAUCAUUUCUUCACAAUUUUCAAAUUCUCUGAAUGUAAAUUAAUCAGUUUUGCAGCUCAGGAUAAAAUAAUGAAGUCAGACGUGUACGGUAAAAUUUUGCUUGUGCCACCUCCUCUCGUUACUUACAUUCCCAUCCUCGUCUUUUUGGUGAUGAAGGUGUUUUACAGAAGAAGAUUUGAUCAAAUCAGUCUCUGGGUUGCCACAAAUGCAUUUUCCGAUAUAUUCAAGGAGAAGAAGAAGAAGACUUGUUGUCCUCGAGAAGCGAGGUGGCUGUUUAAAGACAUUGAUCUAACAGCAGAGGAUGAAUUAUUAUCCAAGGUCCUAACCAGAUUUUUGAUGCUGUUUUCUUUGAUGUUUGGCAUUGUGCUGACAGUUUUUUGGCUGCUCUUUGUGCUGGAUGUAAGUUACGACUGCGAUGAAGAUGACCUCUCGAAAGACUGCUUCGAACGCAAAUGGACUUCGGAGCCGCAAGACCCCCUAAACUGUAGCAGUGCUGCCGUUCAAACCUUGAUUCAAAAUGGAACCAUACAGGUCGUCUGCAACAAAAUCGUCUUCAAUUUUGGAUUGGCCAGUGGUGCAAGUUACGGCUCCUUCAAGCUCUCUAUGUUCGCCAUUAAGGUAAGUGCAAGUGCACUCUUGAGGAUUGAGACAACAAAGAUGCUACGAUGCGUGCAAGUUUUUUGUGGAUUACUGGUUCUCGGUAUUAACAUAUCGCUUAUAGUUGUUGACACAGCCAUUCCUUCGGUAGCCAUCUUGUUGAGAGAUCAAAAAGUUGCUAUCGUUCAGCUGCUAACAACAACAAUCACUGCUUUUUACUUCCUAUUCUUUAUUCCCUGGCGGGAACUCAUUGACUUGAAAACCCAGAGAGAGAACCCGUAAGAUACUGUCAUAGGAAACUGUGCUUAGACAUCUGUAUAGACACCACUUAAGUAGAGACUUGAAAUUCUAGAAAAGUUUCGAGUAAUUACCUGAACCAAUUGAUGAAACAAUGCUUUAGUGACUGACAACAAAUAGCCUUGUGAAGACUGUUCUAGCGGUGGGUUUUUGUGGUGAGAGUAGUACCCUUGCCAGACAGCUAAUGUUAAACGAGAACGGCAAAAUUAAACUCAUAUCUAUUUACCAUUCAUGAAUCAACCACAAUGGCAGUCUAACUAGGGAAUAGUUGAUAAACUAUUCAAGGAAGUUAUACAGAGCGAACACAACAAGCUCCAUGACCUUUCUUCUGCUCGUAACACAUGUACCUUGAUCCUAAGAAACAUAUGGAAGUUUAAGCUCGUCUUCAAAGGCAGUCUAAAUAGGGAUUAGCUGAAAAACUGUUUAAGAAAGUUAUACAGCGCGAACAGAACAAGCUCCAUGACCUUGUUUCUGCUCGUUACACAUGUACCCUGAUCCUAAUAAAUAUAUGGAAGUUUAGGUUCGCCUUCAAGACGAACAGACUUCGUAACAGGCUUAUUACUUUUAAUGCCCUUAAGGCCUUAUCGAUUUAUUAGACUUUUAUAUUUCUUCGACACAUUUCAUUUACCAGCAUAACAUAUUUUACAUAUAUAUGUUGAUAUAAACUUGUUUUAAACUAUUGGUAGUCCUUUUUAAGAAUCUUUUUGUGAUAAUCGUAUAACUCAACUUUUGGUAGCAAAGCGGCUAUCAAUAAACUAUCUAUCUAUCUCUCUAUCGAGUCAUUGCAUCAUAAUUCCUAUGCGUUAUUCCUUGGAAAAAACUCAUGGCGAUGAACUCGGCGAGGAAACAUCUAAAUAUUACGCCAGUAAAUUACUCGCUGUGAAAAUCUGCUUCAAAAUCUGCAGACGCUUAUCUGAUGUUUAAAUCUAAGGGAAUGUGAGAAAUGGGCAUAUGAAACAGUUGUUCAGACAGCGCCUCCUAUAACUUCACGCAUUUAUUUAUCACAGUUUAGUAUUAGAGCAUGAGGCCAUGAGGUUUCUUGUUUUCCCACUCUAAGAACCAUUUUUGUCUCACAGCUAGAAAUAGUGCUGCGAGAAAAUUAAACGUUUAGGAAAUUAAGAAGACAAUUUUCCCGAAAUUGUUUAUCUCCUUGUAAGAAAGCUUAUUUAAGCACGUAAUGCAGAUUAUUUUGACCUUCGUUUUCCGAGUUAACCAGGUAUGCAUUAAAUUAGAACAGUGAUGAAAAUUGUCAACUUGUGCCCCUGAAUGUCAAAAAUUAUAAUUGUUGCGUCAACACCAUGCACAUCGAUGCAAAGUCUUGCUUUGCAGUGAGGACGUGUCAUUUUAGGAAAGCGUACUCCGACAUCCGUCAGAAGGAGGUCAUCUCGGGUAGAUUUCUGAUGACGAAAUCCGAGCUCGCCCGAUGUUGUCAUGAAGGCCCUAUUUCGCAUUUUAGAGCCGCAAAAUAGAGUAGAAAGGAACACUUACUUCGUUUCCGCUCAUGACUUUGAACUAGCGUUAAGAUAUUUGCAUUUUUUUCCGUUGCUAACCUAUAUGACAGAUUCCACAAAAUACAUUUGACGCCUCCUUUUCACGGAUGGCCGAUCACAACUACAACGUAAUGACAUCUUCACGAAAUCUGUCAAAAGCAGGAUUUUAAAACACCGGAAAUCUUCUGGAUUUCUGAUGAAAUAAAUUUAACGCAGUUACGUUCAGAGUUUAAGCGAUACAUUGUUAUUUUUAAUAUGGUAAUUGAUUAAAAAAUUGUACAUUACCUCGAUUGGACGGAGACUAAGUUUGAAUAUAAUGUAGCAGGCGAUAUUACUUUUGUCGACAAGGAUAAUCCGUGACUUGUCUCACCUAUAACAUUUUCUCUAUCUGCGUUGUGCCAUGAUCAUCAUUGGAAAUAUUCUACGAUAAUAUUUUUCAUAAUAUUUAGAUGAGGAUUUCAAUUCUAAACGCAAGAGCGUACUUGGGGAAAGAUCUACAAGAAACAGUUUCUCAUGAAUACAUUUUAAAAAUUCUUUUAGCUGACUUCUACAUAGAUAAAAAUUACUACAUAGAUAUAUUUCACUUCGAAGAUUAUCUUAAUAAACAAUUGACGGGAAGUUCUGAGAAUCAGUUUUUUUCAGUUUUGACUGAUUUCGUGGAGUGUUACUAUGUUGUAGUUGUAAUCGGACAUCCGUGAAAAGGAGGUAUCGCAGAAAUUUUGUGAAGUCUGUAAUAAAGGUAAGCAACGAAAAAAAAAAAGCAAAUAUCUUACGGCUGAUACGAAGUCAUGAGCGAAAACGAAGCACGUGUUCGUUUCUACUCUGUUUUGCGGGUUUAAUAUGCUAAAUAGGGCCUUCAUCACGAAGACAACAUCGGGCGAGCUCGGAUUUCGUAAUCGGAAAUCUACCCGAGAUGACCUCCUUCUGACGGAUGUGGGAGUACGCUUUCCGUCAUUUUAAGGGUAUAACUAGUUAUAGUUCUCACUAGAGCUGCCCCCGCCCUACAGUAUCAUUUCCUUCUGUUUUUUUUUUUUUGAGUUGGGCUUGUUGUUUACAGUUGUGUAACUUUUCUGUUAGGCUGUUACGGAAUUGCGGCUCAGUACUUUGGUUUUAGUAAUUUUGGAUCUCAAAAUACUAAAAGUGUACAAGAUGUAGUUUUGGGAAGUGCUUGGGGUUUUUUUUUUUGCUCCGUGGUUUAAUUUAGGAUUUUUUUGUUCUUCACGAUCAAGAAGAAGCAGAAUGUAGGGACUUGGGUGAGUUUUAACAUUGGAAUGUUAUAGGUGGCAUUGGAGAACAAUUUAUAGACAGCAUUGAAGAACAAUUUAUUAUUAUAUAGUUAUUAGACACAAAAUUAUACCUUAAGAGGUCAAUUUUAAAUAGAAUUUGUUUGAAAGGCAUUGAAAAAUUGGUUUGUUGAAUAGAACGUUCUAUUAUUAUAAACUGUAAAAACGAUAAGUGGAUGAAUUGUAACUGGAACUUUGAAAAGCUGGCUUUUCGUGGUGUCAUCCAUCGAACUUAUCAUUAUUCUUAUCAUCUGCGUUUAGUCUACUGCCGUCUGCAGAAUGAUGUCGAAGUAAUAUGUAAAUCCUUGCUGGCUUUUUCGAUUUUGCUCUACUUUUUGUACAUAUCCAGUAAAGCCUGAAAAAAAAAUUAUAAAUGUUUAUUUUAUAUUAAACCUACAUGCAUAUUUUCACACAAAUUUAUCAAAUCCAUAAGUUCCGGAGAGAAUUCAAUAAAGACAAAUUUUGCCUGUGAACUAUAGGUUAAAACUGGGUCAUCUGUAGGGGUUUCACAAUUAGGGCAAUUCAACUUUCCUGGUUCAGUUUGAAUAGCAGAGAUAAAUUGUGGCCAAGAAUUGUGAUCUAAUUGACAUUUUUGUAAUGCAGAUCUCGUCACAUAGUUAACCAAAAUAGAGCUUUUGAGAGCUACAUUGUCAUGGCAGGUCUUACAAAAUGACUCAAAGAUUCUCUGAGAUGAAAAUAUAUUCAUUUCCUCUGAAGAAAGAUCACCAAAGGUUCAUUCCUCGAAAAUCUGACUGAAGCAUGCAUUAGAAUCCCUUGCCAAAAACGAGGGGCAAUGUUGCUGUAAAUAUACCCAAAUUGGUUUCCUUAUUUCUCUCAACAUUUUAUCAUUUCCUUGUGACUCAAUGUAUCUUUUACAUGUGUUGAAAAGGAGUUCUGUGAAUUCAUUUCGCACAGUCAGUGUAGACAAAUAGGGUAAAAAUAGAUGGGAUGAGACUUCUAAAAAAGUGUCCACUGCACAGGAAUACAUAUUAGGGACACUUAGAAUAGAAUUCAUAAAAUGUCCCCUCUUUGAGAUUAAUGGGUUUAUUUCACAAUCACCUAACUGAACUUCCUCUGUCAUGUUGUUACUAUUCAUUAACUACUGUAUGCCAUAGGAUCUGCUUCUAUGUUAAACAUGCUCAUGCUUUCUUAAAUUACAAAGAACCAUCCUUUAGCAAAGUUUCUUUUCAGGGUAGCUAAACUACAAAAUUCUUUAACACCUGCACAAAGAUCAUCAAGGUGGGUCCAGUUCCCUUGAGUAAGAACUGCGCAGGUAAAAUGUCCAUUGUAACACACCAUCCCCUUUAACUUAUAUUCACUCGAGCCUACAUGCAUAUUUUCACACAAAUUUAUCAAAUCCAUAAGUUCUGGAGAGAAUUCAAUAAAGACAAAUUUUGCCUGUGAACUAUAGGUUAAAACUGGGUCAUCUGUAGGGGUUUUACAAUUAGGACAAUUCAACUUUCCUGGUUCAGUUUGAAUAGCAGAGAUAAAAUGUGGCCAAGAAUUGUGAUCCAAUUGACAUUUUUGUAAUGCAGAUCUUGUCAUAUAGUUAACCAAAAUAAAGCUUUUGAGAGCUACAUUGUCAUGGCAGGUCUUACAAAAUGACUCAAAGAUUCUCUGAGAUGAAAAUAUAUUCAUUUCCUCUGAAGAAAGAUCACCAAAGGUUCGUUCCUCGAAAAUCUGACUGAAGCACGCAUUACAAUCUCUUGACAAAAACGAGGGGCAAUGUUGUUGUAAAUAUACCCAAAGCGGUUCCCUUAGUUCUCUCAACUAUCUGUCAUUUGCUUGUGACUCAAUGUAUCUUGCACAGGAGUUCUGUGAAUUCAUUUCGCGCAGUUAGUGUUGACAAAUAGGGUAAAAAUAGAUGGGAUGAUAUCUCAAGGACACUAUGCAACGCACAAGAAUAAGUUCCAGGGGUACUUAAAACUGAAUUCAUAAAGUGGCUUUUUCGUUUCCACAUAACUGAACGUUUCUUUGUUCCAACUGAGGAAACAUGUGACACUCACCCACGUAAUGAUCAAACAGCGUUUUCGUACCUCUUGAACACGUCGAUUGUAGUAAGUAUCACUCUGAAAAUAAUCAAAAGUCAAAUCCCUAGUUACAACCAGUAAUUUCCUUUCUUUGACUACUGUUUACUUUCAGUUGUUCGAAGUUGAGACUUGCCUCUGACAAAUCCAGAAAUUGCCGAGUCUUUCGGCUUUGUGCAAUAAGCUUGAUUUGCGGCUGACAAAUCGGAGUUAAACGAGUCUUUCGGUCAAAAUGUUAAACUUACACCGUCUUCUGAGCAUCGGUGAAAUUAUUUCUGUAUUAACUUCUGUAUAACACAAAUGAGUCAAGAGAGCUUUUAAGCACAAAACAGCACUCUCCGCGCUUUUCACCCGCUUUUCACACUUUGAUGGCCGCGUGGACUCCGACUGAAGAAACUCUAGAACUCUGAGAAUAAUCCAACAUCAAAGCAAACGAGUUAGAAGCUCAACUUUUUCAUGUAUUUGAUAUCUGGUUAUACUUUAAUUAUGCUGCAAGUUCUUUGUUCUCACGUUAGCUGACUGAGCUGUGGACCCUCCGCCGCCUUCGAUCGAGACUUCACACAACUGUUUCUCUUUUGACGGAUUUUGAUCACCUUUUAAACUCAAAACUACCUUUAAUUGUUAGAAAGAUGCUAUACACACUUACCGUUGGACUUGGAAACGCUUCUCGUCGCUUUUCAGGGACGCUUAACUCGAAAUCUCGCCGAUCCACAAAGUCCUCGCGCGCGUCUUUUUGCUGGCCGCCCAUGACCAUUUGCGGGAAAAACGUUGAUACCUUGCGGCCGUGCAAGCGAUCAAAUCGAGAUUUUUUUUGGUUAUGAUCAACCGAAAAUACCCACAUUCUCUCUUCUCCAGUCUUCCUCUAUAUUACGCGGGGAGUCCUAAGGUGCCUCCUCGGCAAAAACCCUGCGGGGGCAAUUAGCGUCGAGGCUGUAACUCGAUACUCAGGUCUAAAGCAAUCACUUUCUGCGGAAUGUACACUGCAAACGAAGUUGCAUUGUGCUUGGUGAUGAUAGUGCUUUGGGUCAUCCAGCACAAACCCCAUUGAAAAUCCCUUGUAAAGACUUGGAGUGCAAAAGUCCCAACUGCGGUGGCCCACAACUGUCACGGCAAAACAAAAAGUCACGGCAAAACAAACUUUACUCACGGCAAAACAAAAUUAACUCACGGCGAAACUAAAUUAACUCACGGCAAAACAAUUAACUCACGGCAAGACGAAGAGAACGAGUUGCAGCGGUUGAUCAGCGGUUGUUAUUUGCAUCUGAAAUGGUAUGUCGUGUAACAGUACACAAACCAAAUGGCGACCUUUAUUGCUAAGAAUAGUGGUGGGGUGAAAAAGAAACCGAUGAUAAUCUUAAAAGAGUUUAUAUUUUUUCGUUUUAGUUUCAACAAGCGGCGCCAGCGACUGGCAGGCGUGCGAGUAUUCACAAUGAAAUAAGAGAACAACCGUUUUUCGUAAAAUUGUAAUUUACAGUCCUUGCAAACAAUCCGAAGAUUCAUUAAAAUUAUUACUUACUCCGAAGCGCUCAGAGUUUACAGGUUUUCAAAAGCUUUUUUCUGUUACUGCGUGAGAUUGGGGACAAAAUCGAUCACUACAUUUCGUAUCGUGUGUUUUUUCUGUGUGAAGCAACAGAAGGUGCCGGCAACUAACGAAAUUACAGGUUAACACGAAAAUCAAAUAACACCUAAACAAACAAUUUUGGCUACCGAUUUUCAGUGAAUUUCAGACAAUUUUAAGAUUCAAAAUAAAUAUUACGUACUAAAAUGCGAAAGUUAUACACCACAAAAUUGAUAAAUAGGCCUUAAAUGAAAUUCUAUCUUGUUCUCGAUAAUGCGUUGCCUAGCGCGUGACCAAAUCUACCCAGGCGGAAAUCCAAAAUGACGGUGGCAGUCUGGGCUUUGUUAUAUCACUCAAAUCUCGUUCCCGUUUGUCUCAUUUGAUAUAGAGGGAAUAAUUAAUGUUUUCAUUAAGACAGUAUUACUUUGAUUUUCCAAUAUUUACAAUGAUAGACAGUAAAUUUCGCUUUUCACCCACAUUUACUUCCAACCUUUUCUUUUGAACCAGAAACAAAAAUGAUAUAUGUUUAAAACACAUGACAUCAUCCACCCUUGUCAAAGGUAAUAGCAUGAUUAUUUCAAUUGUAAUGCCUUCUUAUCCCAAAAUUACUUUGUUUCUUUGCUACAUUAGCCAACACUGAACUGCUGCUCGUCCUCUAAAUAUGACAAUCAACCACAAAAUUCCCUAAACCAGAUAACAUAAAACAUAAUCCAAAAACUAAUAUAAGUCAUCUGUCAAUUCACGAGUUUGCUCACAGAGCUCUUUGAUUCGAGCUCACGAUGUUUUGCUCCACGUAUGGUUUGGUAGUAGAUGAAGAUGCAAACUAUUGUAAAAGCUGGGGUAAGGGUACGUUUCUUAAUUAAAAGUGUUCGUAUCUGCAUUUCUUUUAGUUCCAAAUGACGAUAGGCGUGAGAAGACACUGCUACAAAUUAGCUGAUUGGCACGUGUCUGGAAUAAGAUUGUGCAUGCAGCCUAUGUGUAAGAAGAAAACGUUCAUAAUGUUUCAACAGGUGGAAAAAAAAACAAUGAAGCAAAAUAAUGUAGCUUACACCUCAGAGGAAACUUAACUUUCACAGUGUUAUUUCCUUAAGUCUGUUUAACAUCAAUAAAACUCAAGAUAAAUGAUUUGGAAAUAAUCAGGAAUAUUUUGGCCUUUGACCUCGUGCUCUCUGACUGUUUGCAGGCGUACAGCAUUUUUCCACAUUAUGAAUGUUUUCAUCACAGGCUACAUGCACAAUCUUAUUCCAGAAACAUGCUAAUCAGCUAAUCUGUAGCAGUGUCUUAUCACGCUCAUCGUUAUUUGGAACUAAAAGAAAUGCAAAUACGAACUCUUUAAAUUAAGAAACGUACCUCUACCACAGCUUUUACAAAAGUUUGCAUCUUCAUUUGCUACCGAACCACACGCGGUGCAAGACAUCGUUAGCUCGAAAAAUGGCAGUCUUUCGAGCGAGCAGUGUGUUACUGUUACUGUUACACGACAUACCAUUUCAGAUUGAAAUAACAACCGCUGACCAAGUCGUUUUCUUUCUUUUGCCGUGACUUUUUGUUUUGCCGUGACAGUUGUGGGCCACCGUAGAAGAUAAAAUAAUAGAAAUGAAGGAACUAUCGCUAACAUUGCAACAACGACCGUAACAUGGAAGUAUCAACUGAUAAUCGGCAAUUACAUUGAUCGUAAGGAAGGCUGGAAAACGAUUAAUAAGCUACGAGGUAUUUAACUCAGACGAUACCCUUAUGUUAAAUAACCUUAUAUUGAGGAUGUGGACAUAAUCAAGCCCGAUUCCGAGCAUACAAAAAAAAAACUAACUAACCGAUUUAGUAACGAUAUAGGCCAUUUGAUAGGUGAUAAAGGGAGACUUAACUGAAACGAAUAACAAUAGAAAAAGCCUGAGAAUUAAGCCUGAAAACAAGGAAUCCAUUAAUUACUUGGUUUGCACACGUACUGAAUUGGACUUCACCCCAAACUCCUUGAGACGCCCGGCCGAAAGAGUCUUCUUCCUCAGUACCUUAGCGUAUCUCUGGGGAAUAGCAAAAAAUCGAUGACUAUCGCCCCAAACCAGUCUCCUCCAAGAGUAAGAAGGUCAUCUCCUAAGUACCUCGUUUUCAGAACGAGGGUCUGAAUAUUUUAUCACUUCAUCACAGUUUUUGAAUUCUCUGAAUGCAAAUUCAUCAGUUUUGCAGCUCAAGAUAGAAUAAUGAAGUCAGACGAGUACGGUAAAAUUUUAGUUUUGCCACCUUUUUUGGUUACUUACAUUCCCAUCUUUGUCCUUGUGAUAAUGCGGUUUUACAGAAUUCCACUGGGUGGUAUCAGUCGCUGGGUUGCCACAAAUGCAUUUUCCGAUAUAUUCAAGGAGAAGAAGAAGAAGACUUGUUGUCCUCGAGAGGCGAAGUGGCUGUUAAAAGACAUUGAUUUGACAGCGGCGAAGAGAUUAUUAUCCAAGGUCCUAUUCAGAUUUUUGAUACUGUUUUAUGUGAUGUUUGGUGCUGUGCUGACAAUUUUUUGGCAGCUCCUCUGGCGGGACGUAAGCUACGACUGCGAUGAAGAUGACCCCUCGAAAGACUGCUUCGAACGCAAAUGGACUUCGGAGCCGCAAGACCCCCUAAACUGUAGCAGUGCUGCCGUUCAAAAUUUGAUUCAAAAUGGAACCAUACAGGUCGUCUGCUACAAAAUCGUCUUCAAUUUUGGAUUGGCCAGUGGUGUAAGUUACGGCUCAUUCAAUCUCUCUAUGUUCGUCAUUAAGGUAGGUGCAAGUGCACUCUUGAGGAUUGAGACAACAAAGAUGCUACGAUGGGUGCAAGCUUUGGUUGGAUUACUGGUUCUCAGUGUUGUCAUAUCGCUCAUAGUUGUUGACGCAGUCAUUCCUUCGGCAGCCAUCUUUUUUUCGGGUUACCUAAGUACUAUCGUUCAGAUAGUAACAACAGCAAUAAUUUCAGUAGUCUUCCUGUUCUGUAUUCCCUGGCGGGAGCUCAUUGACUUGAAAACCCAGAGAGAUAACCCGCAGCGUUCUCUCUUAGAAAACUGUGCUGAGGCAUCUGUAUAGACACCACUCAAGUAGAGACUUCAAACUCUAGAAAUGUUUCGAGUAAUUACCUGAACCAGUUGAUGAAACAAUAUGCUUUAGUUACUGACUAUGACUUGUUUAUUUCCUACUAUGGGUGCGGACACUGACAGAAAUAGCCAUGUGAUGACUGUUCUUGCGAUGGGUUUUUGUGGUGAGAGUUUUACUCUUGCCAGACAGCUGGUUUUUUCGAGAACGGCAAAAUUUAACUUAUAUCUGUUUACCAUUCAUGGGUCAACCACAAUGGCAGUCUAACUAGGGACUAGUUAAUAAACUAUUCAAGGAAGUUAUACAGAGCGAAAAGAACAAGCUCUAUGGCCUUUCUUCUGCUCGUAACACACUAACCUUGAUCCUAAGAAACAUAUGGAAGUUUAGGCUCGUCUUCAAUGCCAGUCUAAAUAGGGAUUAGCUGACAAAUUAUUUAAGAAAGUUAUUAAGCUUAAAAAGAACAAGCUCCGUGACCUUUUUCUGCUCGUAACACAUGUACCUUGAUCCUAAGAAACUUACGGAAGUCUAGGCCCAUCUUCAAGACGAACAGAUUUCGUAACGGUCUUGCCGUGUUACUUUUAAUGCCCUUAAGGACUGAUCGAUUUUAUUUGACUUUAUGUUUCUUCGACAUAUUUAAUUUACUAGCAUAACACAGUUAAAUAUAUGUUUAUACUAACUUGUUUUAAACUACUGGUAGUCCUUUAUAAUGACCUUUUUGUAAUAAUCGUAUAAAUCAUUUUCUGGUCGCAAAGCGGCUAUCAAUAAACUAUCUAUUUAUCUCUCUAUCGAGUCAUUGCAUCAUAAUUCCUAUGCGUUAUUCCUGGAGAGAACUCAUGGCGUUAAACUCGGCAAGGGAACAUCUAAAUAUUACGCCAAUAAAUUACUCGCUGUGAAAAUCUGCUCCAAAAUCUGCAGACGCAUAUCUGAGGUUUAAAUCUAAGGGAAUGUGUAAAAUAGGCAAGUGAAAAAGUUGUUUAGACAGCACCUCCUAUAACUUCACGCAUUUAUUUAUCAUAGUUUAGUAUUAGAGCAUCGACAUUUCUGGCCAUGAGGUUUCUUGUUUUCCCACUCUAAGAACAUUGUCUCAUAACUAGAAAUAGUGCUGCGAGAAAAUUAAACGUUCAGGAAAUUAAGAAGACAGUCGUCCCGAAAUUGUUCAUCUCCUUGCAAGAAAGCUUAAUGAAGCGCGUAAUGCAGAUUAUUUAGAUCAAUUUUUACCUACGUUUUCCGAGUUACCUUGGUAUGCAUGAAAUUAAAACAGUGAUGAAAAUUGUCAACUUGUGCCCUUGAAUGUCAAAAACUAUAAUAGUUGCGUCAACACCAUGCCCAUCGAUGCAAAGUCUUGCUUUGACGGGAGGACUUGUUAUUUUAAGGGCACAACUAUUCAAUUUAUCAUUUCUCUUGCAUCAUACUCCAAUGCAGGAUCACUAUCUGUUGUUACAUUGUUUGAUGUAGCUUGUUGAUGUGUAUCAUUAUCGUCUGCAUCAUUUUAUAAAGUUGUGAGGUUGCUAUCAAUAUUGUUAAUAUCAACUAGUAUAUCUUGUAACAAUGGAUUAUGUACUUUGAGCCAGUUAAGAACUUGUUAUAUUAACCCUGGUCAUGAUGCUUGAAAAUAAACAUGUCCCCUAGAUUGUAACUUUCUCUUAAGCUUAAGUAUUAUUAUACAAGAUCUAUCAGAUGGAUGAGGAAGUUGAUUACAUGUCUGAUCACAUUCUACAGGUACAUUGCAUAUUGCACCCUUAAUUUUUCUCUGUUUUCCUUUAUGCAUGACCACAAUCUUCUCAAGUACUAUUCGUUGAGCUAUUCAUAUUUGUUCUAGUUUUUUCUAACGAGGAUACUUUUGUGGGUAUUUCAUCCUCAUACAUAUUGUUCACUGCAGCCUGACAUGGUAAUUUUCCUUUUAUGACCUUUGAAUGACAUGUGUUGCGUAUAUACUGUUUUCCAUCAAACGACUGUUGAAUAUUGAAAUAUGUUUGGCAAGGGUAUUUCUUGUUUAUGCAUGUUAUUACUGAUUUCUUAUAAAGUAUUCGAUUACAGACAGUACCUAUAAAAUAAGGGCCUUCUCUUAUUUUCCUCUUAAACUGGUCAAUACACAAUUCAACCGAUCUGGCUUUCACUAAUUUCUCACUGGGUUGGGAAGGUAAUUCUUUCUUCUUUUUAGCAUCCAUAGUUGAAUAUUUUCUUUUGAUGUCUUCUAGAAACCUUUUUUCGGUAACAGGUUCCAUGCUGUAAUACAUAUGUCUUUUUCUGUGUUUUCUCAUGAUGUGUUUCCUUUCAAUUUCAGUAAUUUUACAUGAAAAGAAGAUAAAUUGUAUAUCAUAUUCCAUAGUCUGACAUUCCUGUUUAUUUGCAUAAUAUUAUUAAUUUCCGCCACUAGAUUAUCCACAAAGAGUAAAUACUUACAGAAAACCUCUGUCCAGAACCACAGGCCUCUCUACCAAAAGAAUACUUUGUUUAAGUUUGAUACUUAAGCUUGCUUUAUUUGCAAAACAAUUAACAUUGAAGACAUCAGUACAUACACAUUAACACAACUGCCAAAAUUCGUUUCAGCCAGAAACUUGUUUAUUUUUUUUCAGUUAUUAAUAAUCAUGAUGUUAUCCCACUCAUCGAUCUGUAUGGCCUUGUACAAAUAUAUGAAACAUGUUUCUCCAUUAUUUUGUUCAUGAGAUGCUCAAGUUAAGAUAAAAUCUCCAAUGAUUAUUGUUAGGACCACUGCUUUGCCAAGCAACUGGGCUAGAACAGAUUGAAUAACUGGCAAUACAGAAAACAAUACUGAAUACACUUAUUGGCAACAGGUUCCAUGCUGUCAUACAUAGGUUUUUUUUCUGUGUUUUUAACGCAUUUCCUUUCAAUUUCAGUAAUUUCACAUGAAGAGCAAAUAAAUUGUAUAUCAUAUUCCAUAGUCUGACAUUCCUGUUUAUUUUGAAUAAUAUUAUUAAUUUCCUCUACUUGAUUAUCCACACCACGAAUGUGUAUUGUCUGUUUCAUUGUAGGUGAAUGACUGUCUUCAUAUGUCAGAAGAGAAAACAAUUGCUUUACUUUUGUAUUUUUUUGAUAUUAAAUACAAGCUAUACAGUAACUUGAAAUCCACAUUAAAAAGCUUGUUUUCCCAGUGUGGUUCCUUAAAAUCAAGGUCUCUAAAGAUAUUCUGUUUUCAGUUAAAUUACUUAAUUAUAUGAGACUUACUUCAUUAACGUGUAAAUUUAUGUUAGUGCCAAAAAUUGUAACACUGUCAGGCAGGGUAACAGAUGUUAAGCAGUACUUACUCUGCAUUGUAUUGUUAAGCUGAGAUCCAUUUUCAAUAAUUGCAUCUAAAGUAUUUGAGUUCCAGUAACUACAAGGUGAAACGAUUGAGUAAGGUAGAAUAAAGAACUACUGCAAAACAGUGAUCUUUGUAACACUUGUGUUGACCUGAUAUCUCUUUAAUACUUCUUUUACAUUGUUGCUUAUUGCCACAUCAUAUUUUGUAAUUUGUAAAACUUUUAGUUCAUACAGAUCAGUUGCUCCAUAUAAACUUUGAAAGUGAUGCACUAAGUUGUCUGUAGAUGAUAUAUCUAAUAGACCACAUGUCCCUCGAGUGUGACUUUUACCAUAAACAUCUUUAGCAUGUGAGUCAAACACUUUAAAAUGGCCAUUAUCAGCACAGUAACUAAUACUCACAGCAAUUGAAUUGUAGACAUAUCUCAUCGAAGAUUUAACGUUUCUUGUUCUAAAAAUUGGUUUCCUUCUCAUUUUUUGUACAAACCUGAUUUUUGUUUUAUAUGUACUUUUUUUUCAUGUUGCAUUAUUUUUAAUAAGAUCAUGGACUUUCGAUGACUUUGGUACGUUUUUACUUAAACGGCUCCGUACAUAACUCUGCAGUUUUCUAAUUUUCUGAGAGAGACGUUCUAACAUCCUAACUUGUAUUCUGCUUAGUUCACGAUCACUUUUAUAGCCAUAUUGGCAUUCGCACCCAACACGAGUGCGAUUAUAAUAUACAAACUUUGUAUAACGAGAUCUGAAUUGUUGUACUUUUAUUGACACUAUAACAUUAUGUUUAAUAUGUACAAUAGUCCUAUUGACAACUUUUUCUAGUAGAUUGCAGUCAUCAAGAGUAUUCACGAUCGCUUGUACCAUAAUAAUAAUGAUUGUGUAAGAAAUACAAAAUCGUACUUCACAAGUACUGAACCCAAUAAAAACCAAUAACAGAAACAGUAUAUUUAACGGAAGAGCUUAAAGCUUAGAUAUUCAAUCUUACUAUUCAAGUUGCUUCUGUCAGUAUCCUUAUCCAAUUCGCUGUUGUUGGCGCCACCAUCGAAGUUGUGUUCACGAACAUUCCUGAUUUUUUUCAGCAAGUGAGGUGUUCGUCUCAGCAUCAUAGUUUGUUGUUAAAUCGGCUGUCACAGUUUUGCCAGUAUUUUCGAAAUUUGAACUCACAUAUGGCUCAUUUGUUAUCUCGUGAGAACUAGUAUGAACUUUGCACAUUUGGCUAGCUUUCAAGCUAGAGAGUUCGUGAGUAGUUACGAAAACGAAGACCCCGAAAACGAAGACCUAAGACCCCCUUACGAAAACGAAGACCCUCCUACGAAAACGAAGACCCAUCACGAAAACGAAGACACAUUACUAAAGCAAGUUCAAAAGAGGUUGGUAUUACCUUUGUGGACAAAGAUUAUGUUCAUGAGACACACUACAAAAACGAAGAUCCUUAUGGAAAUCUUGAAUUCUGAAUUUGGCACGUCUGUAAUUUAUUACGGAAUAUUUCAACAGUAGAGCCCCAUGGAGCCUUCAAUGGGACUACUUUAAAGCUAAAAUGAGAUUUAAUAGAAGAGACAUGACAUGCAUAUGGUGGUAUAUAAUGAAGCAACAAUAUAAGUUUAUUAAUGAAAACAACAUCGACUAGCGGUAAUGACACUUCCAGCGAGGAAAAAUAUGCUGUUGUUGGAAUAAAACAUGGCAAUUCGACCGAUUGAUUUCAACAAAACUUUUCCUGCGGGUAAAAAAUUACAAAUCAAUACCUUCAAGGGUAACUGACGCCAAAUUUUCUCCUCUUUUUUUGUCCCAGUACAUUCCUCUUAGGUUAAAAAAUCCAAAACGAGCAAAUUAAUGAAAUACGGUGCAAAAUCAAAUUUUCUACAAAAUUUUUUUGACGCUUAAUCGACGGCCAUUUUGAAAACGGCUCGAUUCAGGUCACGUGAUGUGAUACGUCACACGUGUGUAAAGCAGUGAAAAGUUGAAAGUAACAAAUUCGUCCCGGCUGUUCAGCUGCUGCAGAAAUUUACGAGCGGAAAAAAAAUAAGAUUUGUUCGAUUCUGAUAUAGGUCACCAUUUAGAGACUACGAAAUACGAGGUGAGAAAUAAAUUAACGAAGGUUGAAUAAUCGAAACGCGACGAAUCGAAUGUCUGUAUUCAGAGCCACGGAUAAUUUGCACGUUAUUUCAGAUAGCUGUAAAAAUAUAUAUUUUCCCACAAUUUUUCCUCUUAACCAUUAUCGAGGCCUAUACUUAAAGAAAUGUUUUUUAAUUCAGGCCGAAACAGUAUUUGUCUUUAGAUUUUGUCCGCUACGAGAAUCCUGCGCUCUACGACGUGGGCUGUAUAUCACUGUGACCUCAGGCCCAUCGGUUCAGAAGUGAGCGUGACUAAACGCAAAGUAUUGUCACGUAUUAUGGGAGGUCGUCAUCUGGUUUCGUGAACGAAACUCUUCUUCUACGGUCCGGAAAUGGUAACUUUUUGUUUAUUUCUUUCGAUGCUUUUCGCCUCUAGCUGAGAGUUUUUCAGGAAUGAUUACAACUAACAUUGAGCAGCAUAUAUAGCACAUUCGUCUGCCUAAGUUUAAUUAACUUCCAAUGGAAGUGUAUAAUAACAGAAACAUCCUGUAAACGGAUGUUACAAGAAUCGCCUUGUUAUGAGCGCCACACUCAAGCGUUGUUUCUCAUUUGCGACCGGAAACAUGAUGAAAUCAAUCCUGUCCGAAAGGUUACUCGUUUCAAAAAUAUACCAGUGUCAGCUGAGUGAACGGUAGAUUACUCACGCUCGUUUAUCGUAAAUAAAACAAGCCGGCAGCCUGAGAGAGAAAACCAUUAAAGCCAAGUUAUGGGACUACCUUGUACCCUCCGUUUAAAACGCAUUGCUUUGGUAAAAAAAAAAAAGAGGAACCGAGUCCGCGACAAACUCGUGCUACGGAAAUAACAAACGCGUAAUAUUUCUUAAAUUACGACCAGAACUAAAAAAAAAAAAAAAAAAAAAAAGAAAAAUUUUAUAUAUAUAUAUAUAUAUAUAUAUACAUAAGUUAUAAAAGUCUCAGAGAAUCGUUGCGUCCUCUUUAAUUCUUUAACUUAUAUAUACUUAGCUCUGCUACCACAGCAUUGAGCACUUUAUGCCAAGGUAGACUCUACCCCCACAUUCAUAUAUCUAUAUAAAUAUAUUCACGCUCAAGUUAUCCAAAACUGUACUACUCUACGCCGCGUUGACAUUUACAAUAAGGACGGAAAACAACAGGAUCUAAAACAAAGAAAACGAAAACCAGGGAGGCGCUGUGUAGUGAUGUUUUGUAACAAACAGACGGAGUCAGCCUUCACCAGUUUCCUCAAACCCUGGAUGCUGGACAAUAUAUUUGGCUUCUGCUUGCAACUGUCCACUGUAACAUCCCCCAAAUUUUUAUUUUUGACCACAUCCACUUCUUGGUAAAAGAUGUUUUCUUCCUCCUUCCACAUUGAUUGACAGUUUCCAUACUGACACCUUGUAAUGAAAAAAAAAAUCAGUAAAGUAGCAAUUUUUUCACGAUGUUGAAUAGAAGAAAUAGAGAGAACAACUUAUAUGAUUGCUUUCACCAAAAGGAACAGUUAUCAGCUUUACAACUGUCACAAACGUGAGAGAUAAUUCAAACUUUAGGCUACUUUACUUUAUUUACAAUUCUACAUGUACGAAUGCUAUUUUUUGCUGCAUCGUGUUUUAAAGUAAAAGCCCAGAAAUCUUGAAUCGUUCGUCAAAUUCAACACAGGAAAAAUUAAACUCGAUUCAAUCGCAUGUGAACGUGUGUAAUCCAUCCAAUUCACCCCCACAAGCGAGUAUGUUAAUAUUAAUAGUUAGUGAAACCUAAUAGCUUCGGAAGAUGCGUGCGUGUAGCAUAAAAACACUUCGCCCCCAUGGUAUUCAAGAGUCUGCACAUUUGGUUUUCUUUACUUGAUCGCUCCUACAUUUAAUAAGCGACUUAUUUUCAGGUACUUUAUUUAUAAUCGUAAAUGCACUCACCAUUCUCGCUUUCUUGAUUGAGGCGGCCGCGGCGCACAGGCUAUGCAUCCUCCUCUCACUUUGGCGCUCUAUUUUAGGUUACGUCCGUCCUGGCGGUUCAAAUUACCAGGGCCUGAUUUCACCAACAGAUUCAUAAACCCUUUCAUUAUGUUCGCCUUCCAUCGAAGCCUCAAAAUCCGAAUAAUCAGACCCCGAAAUAGACUGCUUUCACUCGAAGUACUGAUGCUAGGAUGGAGGUAAGGCUAUAUAGCCACCCCCAGUGAUCUCACACAUGUGGAAUCAUCUAAGCCAUGCCAGAGUGCUCAAACUAGAAAAACUAGUGAGCAUGCAUAAUGCUAGCAGCAAUGACUCAUCCUAGUAGAGUGCUCAAUUUGGACAUGAAAGCAAAGCUUUGUAUGCCAAAGAGCUAUAUAUAUAUAUAUAUAUAUGUUUUUUUUUUUUUUUCAAAUUCAGAUGCCAUGGAAUCCAGAUACAAAAUGGACAAGCUUCUUGUACACACCCUCAUUCAAAGCCAACAGGGAAAGCUGUUGUUACAACAAGAUUUUAAUUAAAAAGUCAAUUCUAUUUAACUGUAAUUAACCCCUUCACUCCCAAGAGUGCUAGGUCAAAAUCUGAGAAGAAAUCUUUGAAUUUCAAUGUCCAGAAUCAACAAAAACAAAGAGUAAAACAUGGAAGUGCUGCUUGACAGCUUACAUUUGAAUGUUCACACACAAGAGUUUUAUCCAAAUAAGUUACAACCACAUAAAAUCAAGUCAAAGCCUGUCUAUGGGAGGGGUUAAAUACCAUUUUUAUCAUCAUCCAACAUUAAAUGAUUCAUUUUAAGACUAUUUUUAGACAGAUAGUAUUUAUUGCAAUGAACAUAAUUAAAGAUAUUGUAUUUCAUGGAAAAGGAUCAACAGAUUUUAUUCACAAUUUGUGUCGAACCAAAUUUAAUGAUUGAUUAGGACUAUUUAAUAAGAAUAGCUGUAAUUGAAGAUUAAUUUGUAUGAAGUUAUCAAGAAAAGAAAAAGAAAUGAAACUCCAGUUGGAAUUUCUGGGAAUUUCUAGGAUUUUAGAACCAGAAUUGUUACAGUUGGGAAUUCCCAGUCCAAAUUAUUUGGACUGGGAAUUUCCAACUAUUACCUCUCAUUCCCACUAAUUCCCAACUAUUACCUCUUAUUCCUUGGAAUUCCUUGGAAAAAGUUCCUAGGAAUUCCAAAAUCCAAUUUUCAAGGGUUAAUUUGGACUGAGCUGUAGGAUUGCAAACUUAUAAUGAACCAAAAUUCAGCAUUGCCACAUGUAAUCAUGUCUAAAACACCAGCAGCUUAUUGCUAAAGCUUUAAAGUCGGGUUUUGAAAUGUAACUCGUGUUAUUUCUAUGAUAAGCUAGAACACAAUGAAUUGUGUGGCUUGUUAGCUGAUAUCACCUAGCUCUAAUAUCAAUAUUACUAUUGCAGUGAAAGAGGUAGGAAGUUCACUAGUGGCAACACAGCUGUAAACCAGCUCUAGGAAUGGUGUUGUUUCAGAACUAAGUUUCAUGAGGUUAGUUGAUGCUUUCACCCAAGAAUCAGUUGAACUGAGCGGUAGGAACACAAAAUUUUUCUGUCAAGAAUCAGUUGAAAUAAUUAAUACUAUGCAGCUGAGCACUAUAACUUUAAACGCCCAUGCACCAUACUCAUUCAUGCUUACAAAUGAAUUUGUACCCUUUCAGGCAGCAGACAGAAUUACUGAGGAAUAGCUCAUUGCAAUAGUUCCUGAAAUUGUCACUUCUGUGUGCCGUUAUAGGGAGUCAACAUUCAGAACUUUACCACCAGCUGGGCCAAUGGCCUGGAUAUGUGUGCCCUGUUGAAUUACUUCCUACCCGAGAAGAUUCCAUAUGAAACUCUGAAUCCUGAAGACAAAAAGGGGAAUUGGACGAUGGCCUUUAGAGUCGCAAAGUGAGUGAAGUUUUUAAGUCAAAAUGAAUAGUUUGUCUCUGUGUACUUUACCAGCUUAGGAUUCAUAGAGUCAUAUCCAGCUGAUGUUGUAAUAACCCAGAGGCCCACAAUGUGAAGCAAAGUGAGAUAGGGUGUUACUUUCACAUUUUGGUCAUUUAUCUUAACCCUGUACACCCUAUCAUUAGUAUGCAUUGUCUCCAUACUGUUCUCUAUACAUUUCUUAAGGUGCCAAACCUUAAGAAAUGUAUAAUGCUAACAAGGAGCAUUUGCCUAACAAUCGAGAGCCUCUUUAGUUGGUGAUCAUUUCCUUUAUUCUCAUGACCUUAGUGUGUGAUUCAGGAUUGAUAUUGUAAGGAGAAAUUAGAUGCUAGUCACUCUUAGGGGUUAAAGUUUGUACAGGGUGAUAAAAUAAUAGUACAGUAACUUUUAAACAUGAUUGUUAUCAUGAUGGGAAAUAAUCUCGCCUAAAAUCUACUCCACCAGACUUGGGAUAUAGAGGUCAAAUGUGAACACCUGGUGCCAGGUUGUUUUGAUAUUUGGCAACUAAAACACUUUGUUCUGACAGUGUCCUUCUGUGCAGGUGUGUAGAUGUUGCCUAUUCAGGGCAAGGCUUUCAAAUUUCAAGAUCUUGAGCCAGGUUGCUUUGAUAUUGGGCGACUAAAACACUUUGCUCUGACAGUGCCCCUCUGGGCAAGUUUGUAAACGUUGCCUAUUGGUAAAGCUUUAAUCUUACUCCAUAUGGGGUAACAUCUCCUCAGGGGAAUGUAGAAAUCUUGUUAGUGUAUAGGUUUAUCACCCUGGAGGGCUGGUUAUUUGAUAGUUUGUUAUCACUAAUCCAGGAUUUUAAGUUCUUAUUUUGAUUUCUCCUUCAUAAAAACAUAUUAGGGUAAACAUUUUAAGGGUUACUUCUUCAGUGCAAGGGAAACUAAAUAAAAUGAAGUAUUCAUAUUACAUUCUCUCUGCGUUAGCUCCAGCUAUUAUGAGCUACAUGGCUAGCAAGACUGAAAAUUUUUUCGUUUGCUCUUAUCAGUGAGGAGGGCAUUGAACCUUUGUUGGAGUUGGAAGACAUUAUGGCUGUUGAUGUCCCUGAACCCAAAAGUCUGAUCACUUAUCUCCAUUUUGUCUACCAACACUUUUCAGAGAAAAAACAACAGCAACCAAAAGCAUAGACAAGUUCCACUGAGGAUCAGGUUCUUGGUGCUGUGCUUUAAUCCUUCUUGAGCAUAUAAUAUAUUUUAAAUCAGGAUUAAUGAAUUCAUUUUUAGAGUUACAGGAGAGAGAGAGAGAGAGAGAGAGAGAGAGAGAGAGAGAGAGAGAGAGAGAGAGAGAGAGAGAGAGAGAGAGAGAAGAGAGAGAGAGAGAGAGAGAGAGAGAGGGAGAUCCAAUUCUGA